GACGUUAGCGUCGUCCUUUCACUUUCUCCUCUUCUUGUUGUUGUGUCUAACAGUGUUUGAGAUGAGGGUUCAGUCACUCAUCAGAGCGCAAUCGCUCGCCACAAGCAGCCUUCGCACAGCUGCUCGCACAGCUUCGCGGACCCCUUCGCGAUGCGCUCUGUCGACCGCCGCGGCGUCGCGCACACCCUUCACCAACGGAUUGAAGACGGACACAUGGAUCAACAACCAGCAGAAGAGAUGGCAGUCUGCGGCAGCACAGGUAUUGGCGCAAGCAAAAGAUGACCCGUCAACAUUGUCCCAGGACGACAUUGUCGCAAACCUCGAUCCCGUCGAAUGGGAGCGUUUGUCUCGAGUCCGUAACAUCGGUAUCGCAGCGCACAUUGACUCCGGGAAGACCACCGUCACCGAGCGCGUUCUCUUCUACACCGGCCGGAUCAACGCCAUCCACGAAGUUCGAGGCAAAGAUGCCGUCGGUGCAAAGAUGGACUCGAUGGAUCUGGAGCGUGAGAAGGGUAUCACCAUCCAGUCUGCUGCAACGUUCUGUGACUGGGUGAAGAAGGACGAUGAGGGCAAGGACGAGAAAUACCACAUCAACUUGAUCGAUACACCCGGGCAUAUCGAUUUCACAAUCGAAGUGGAGCGCGCGCUCCGAGUACUUGAUGGAGCUGUCAUGAUUCUCUGCGCCGUCAGUGGUGUCCAAUCUCAGACAAUCACGGUCGACAGGCAGAUGAAGCGCUACAACAUUCCUAGGUUGUCGUUCGUCAACAAGAUGGAUCGCAUGGGCGCAAACCCGUGGAAGGCUGUUGAGCAGAUCAACAAAAAGCUCCGCAUCGCCGCUGCCGCUAUCCAGGUCCCUAUCGGACGGGAGGACGACUUCUUGGGUGUGGUUGACCUUAUCAAGAUGCAGGCCAUCUACAGUGAAGGUGAAAAGGGGGAGACUAUCAGGGUUACAGAUGAGAUCCCAGCGGACCUGGUUGAUCUCUGCAAGGAGAAGAGGGCAACACUCAUCGAGACUCUUGCGGAUCUGGACGAUGAGAUUGCCGAGAUCUUCCUGAUGGAGGAGACACCUACCAUUCCCCAGAUCAAGGCUGCCAUCCGCCGUGCAACUAUCUCCCUGAAGUUCACUCCCGUCCUGAUGGGCUCUGCGCUUGCUGAUAAAUCCGUCCAGCCUAUGCUCGACGCCGUAUGCGAUUACCUACCCAACCCCUCCGAGGUCGAGAACAUGGCGCUGGACAAGAAGAGGGCUGAAGCACCGGUCAAGCUGGUCUCAUACAACUCGCUGCCAUUCGUCGGUCUUGCGUUCAAGCUUGAAGAGAGCAAUUUCGGCCAGUUGACUUACAUCCGUGUCUACCAGGGUACUCUCAGGAAGGGCAUGAACGUGUUCAACGCAAGGUCAGACAAGAAGGUCAAGAUUCCCAAGAUCGUGCGCAUGCACUCCAAUGACAUGGAGGAAGUCCAGGAGAUUGGCGCUGGAGAAAUCUGCGCUGUGUUUGGUGUCGACUGCGCGUCUGGUGAUACUUUCACCGACGGCGGCCUCGGAUACACAAUGACCUCUAUGUUCGUUCCUGAGCCCGUCAUCUCCCUCUCGAUCAAGCCAAAGCACACCAAGGAUACCCCCAACUUCAGUAAAGCCAUGAACCGCUUCACCCGUGAAGACCCUACUUUCCGCAUCCACGUCGACCCCGAGUCCCAGGAGACCGUCAUCUCCGGCAUGGGUGAAUUGCACUUGGAUAUCUACGUUGAGCGUCUGCGCCGUGAAUACCGCGUCGACUGCGAAACCGGCCAGCCUCAGGUCGCCUACCGCGAGACGCUCACCAAGCGCGUCAACUUCGACCACACCCUGAAGAAGCAGUCCGGUGGAUCCGGAGACUUCGCGCGUAUCAUUGGGUGGAUGGAGCCCUCCGAAGCCCUUACAGACAACAAGUUCGAGACCCAAGUCACUGGUGAUAACCUGUCCGAGAAGUUCUUGUACGCUUGUGAGAAGGGUUUUAACCAGUCCAUCGUCAAGGGUCCUCUGCUUGGUCACCGCGUACUGGGUACAACCAUGGUCAUCAACGACGGAGCUACCCACGCUGUCGACUCCAGUGAAAUGGCCUUCAAGAACGCCACAGCCCAGGCUUUCCGCAAGGCCUUCGCACAGGGGGCCCCUCAGGUUCUCGAACCUCUCAUGAAGACCACCAUCACCGCGCCCAGCGAGUCCCAGGGUUCGGUUAUUGGAUUGUUGAACAAGCGCAAUGCUGUUAUUAUCGACACUGAGGUCGGGCCGGAGGACUUCACCGUCUACGCCGACUGCUCGUUGAACUCUAUGUUUGGUUUCAGUUCGCUGCUGCGUGCUAGCACACAAGGAAAGGGCGAAUUUAGCAUGGAGUUCAGCCACUACAGUCCUGCGCCGCCGCAGCUGCAGAAGGAGCUUGUUGCGAAGUAUGAGAAGGAGAGGAAGGACAAGGACUAGAGAAGUAAUGGCUUGGGGAAGAGAUGAGAUGAGAAACUUUCGCGUGAUCGAGUUUCAUGUUACAGUACGACUAGGGCUUGCAUAUAGACGGGCGCAUCGGAAAACUUGGGUACUGUAGUAUAGUUGUACAGUACGAUUGAUGUAUGUAUUGUAUGUG